AUGUCAACUCAGAAUAAAGUUGACCAAGUGUCGCCUCAACUACAGCCGCCAUGUGCACCGGGAUCGCUUUGUGGAGUGGCCCAUGACCAGGGAUCAUUCCAGUUGGGUGGAAUGGUACUUGAUGAAACUUAUCUCAUUGAAUACUGGGUCAACGCGCCAGCACUGGGAAAUGAGAACAGCGUGAGGUCGCGGCUGACGUAUCAGAACAGAAACUAUACCGUUGCUGGCCACUUCGAUGUCACCCAUUCUGGUAAUCUCAAAUUGUGUCCUAAUAUUCUUCCAAUCGUGCUGCAAGUUGACGGAGCCGGGCAAUAUGACAGAGUCAGGUUCUUUGAUGGUACCGGAAGUGAAGUAAUGGGUCCGAUCCUUGUGGGAGACGAGUUAGAGGCGACUCAGUAUGAUUCGACUGUUCCCCCCAAAUACUUUGUUUCUAUUUUGGACGGUAGCCAGAUAAAUCAUAAAAUUCAUGUUCAGCUGCUUAAUUCUGCUACCGACUAUUAUGGACCUCUGAAGAUGUUUACAGUGCUGGAUGCUGAAUUCUUAAAGAAGUCAAACAGAACAAUCAAGUUGUGUGUUUUUACGGACAGCGGAGGAGGUGGAGAACUGAGCGCAGAUGAAAGCGUUCUUGCCGAAUUCAAGAGCCCAUUACCAGCUAACGAUACACUUUGUGAAACAAUUAUAUCUGGAUAUAUAGAGGAGGAAACCAACGUUUGUGUCGACCUGAUUUGCAAGCCGCCUGUUUGCCCCGAAGAUAUAUCUACCUUCUACAGGUUCUCGCUGACGAUGAUAGGAGAUGUUAAAUGGAAGAUCGACGACGAAACUCUUCUUAAGGUCAAAAUUAUACCCCAGCAAACUGAACUGAGAAUGAGUCUGGAAGAUAUAGAUACAGAAAAAAAUGAAGUACACGACAUGCAGUUCGAUAGAAUGAUCGGAAAAAAAUAAAAGAAUAUAAUCAGUGUUGAUAGAGAUCGCGUGUUGGGCAGAAUAAAAAGCAACCAGUCUUACUAAAAACAGCGUUCAGGGUCCAAAAAUACCCGAUUUUGAUAUAUUUGAUUGCAUAAGUUUGACAGAUAGAGUCUUCUAUACUUUAUUUUACGAAGUGGCUUGACAAUUUCCAUGGCAUUUGAUGUUCCUGGAAUGAUUUAAACUUAUGAAUAUUUCAUGCUAAAACUGCGAUUGCUGCCAGAAAGCGUGUGACUUGUUCAUGGUGUGAAUAUAUAAGUUUUCUUAGUUAUUUUGGAUCUAAUGUUUCUUUUUCUAUAACCUUCAGCGAGAGCUCGAUUAAAUUGGAACAUACACU